AUGCUGCACUGCACUUCAACAUUCUUUCGCCAAUUAUUGAUUCUGAACAUGAAUGCACAGAUUUCGAUUCAUUUAUCAGAAAAACUACAAUAUAGGACGCUCUACGAUAUAGGACGCUCCUGUCGUGGGCCCCGACGUCUCAUUCACAUGAAUCGUAACGUCCUUAACAACUGGGGGCAAAAAGAGUAGAAUUCGUAAAUUCCCCAAGGUCGGGGUCGACGUCAGUGGAGCUUAAAUCGGACUCCCCUAUUCGUGAAGUCUCUCAUCUCUGAGAGUGAAAGGACUUAAUGAUGAUCGCAGCAUUCAUAUUUCUGAUAGUAGCUACCAGAAUACCUCUCGGUAUCUUGCAUCCUGUGCGAGUAGUAAGGGGUGCCGCACUUGAAGAUAUGACAGUAGUAGAGGUGCUUGCACGCCUUCUCAGCCAAAUGCUCGUACGUGCAUUUGCACGGGCAGGGCUUCUUGGUCGUUGUUGUCGUUGUCGUUGUUGUCGUCGUGGCCGGCUUCGUCGGCGGCGGAUGAUAGUAGUCACAGCACGUCUUCCCGGGGUAGUAGCCGUCGUAACACUCCUGAAGAUAGCAACGGUGCAAAAAGCUCCUGUUCCCGCACUGCUUGACGGCGACUUUGAUUUUAUGUCCAGUAAAGCAUUUGCAAGGGCACGGCGGCGGCUUGUGAGGCGGCUUGUGAGGAGGCUUGUAAGGAGGCCUGUGAGGCGGCUUGUGAGGAGGCCUGUGAGGAGGCCUGUGAGGAGGCCUGUGAGGAGGCCUGUGAGGCGGCUUGCGGUGCUUCGGCGGGGGCUUGUAGUAGUCCUCGUAAUAAGCCGACCGGCUAUCCUGCUCCAAAGUAGGAUUGGAGCCGAACUCGGCGGCAAGGCAUACGGUAGCCAAAGCCAGAAGGACGAAAAGUGUAGCAGUAUUCAUGGUGUGCACUGAGCAGGGGUGAGACUUGAGGUAUCAG